CGGAACCUUUUAAACAUCGUCUGUAUGUUGCUAACGGACACGUAACGGGGACGUACUGAUUUGUCGUCAACACGAACAACUAAAGUACCGUCCGUCCGUACAUGCCUCGCUCUGAGCAGUGACAGCCAGCAGUCCAGCAUGAAUGUGAACCAGGGCACGGUGGGCAGCGACCCAGUCAUUCUGGCCACGGCUGGAUACGACCAUACGGUCCGUUUCUGGCAGGCCCACAGCGGGAUCUGCACCAGGACAGUUCAGCACCAGGACUCUCAAGUAAACUCACUUGAGGUCACACCUGACAGGAGUAUGAUUGCAGCAGCAGGUUAUCAGCACAUCCGCAUGUACGACCUGAACUCCAACAACCCCAACCCAGUGAUCAACUACGACGGCGUCAGCAAGAACAUCACCUCUGUGGGUUUCCACGAAGACGGACGCUGGAUGUACACAGGAGGAGAAGACUGUAUGGCUCGCAUAUGGGACCUUAGGUCAAGAAAUCUACAGUGUCAGAGGAUAUUCCAGGUCAAUGCUCCAAUCAACUGUGUAUGCCUGCAUCCCAACCAGGCAGAGCUGAUUGUUGGAGACCAGAGUGGAGUGAUUCAUAUCUGGGAUCUGAAGACCGACCACAAUGAACAGCUGAUUCCUGAGCCGGAGGUCUCAGUCAACUCAGUUCACAUUGACCCAGAUGCCAGUUACAUGGCAGCGGUCAACAGCUCGGGAAACUGUUAUGUGUGGAACCUUGCUGGAGGCAUCGGAGAUGAGGUGACUCAGCUUAUUCCCAAGACUAAGAUCCCUGCACACAAACGCUACUCACUCCGCUGCAAGUUUAGCCCUGAUUCCACCCUGUUGGCCACCUGCUCAGCAGACCAGACCUGCAAGAUCUGGAGGACGUCCAAUUUCUCUCUGAUGACGGAGCUGAGCAUCAAGAGCAACAAUCCCGGAGAGACGUCUAGAGGCUGGAUGUGGGACUGUGCUUUCUCUGGAGACUCCCAAUACAUUGUCACUGCCUCGUCCGACAACCUGGCCCGCCUGUGGUGCGUGGAGACCGGCGAAAUCAAGAGGGAGUACAGCGGCCACCAGAAAGCUGUGGUGUGUCUAGCUUUCAAUGACAGUGUGCUGGGCUGAGAAGGAGGAGGAGGAAUGAGACAGGAGAUGGCAGGCAGUGUGGACAGAAAAGCGACUCUUUGGAAGAUGUGCCUCAAUUCACAGAGGUGCGCUGGGCAUUAAUGGGAAUUAUUAAAAAGCUUCCCAGAAAUGAUCAUCUUGAGAAAGCGGAGGCUUGUGUCUACAGUGCUCCUCCUUGCCAGAUGCCUGCAAGUAUUCUGAAUAGCAGCAAGGCCAUAAAGUAACAAUCCACUUUAAAUGACCAAGCACCCCAUUUUACACCAACUUUAAGCGGCCGGUCAGGAACGCGUCUGUACUAACAGUAUAGGUCUGAAUAAAAUACAUGAUCAUUUUCAUCAGGUACCCUUUAUGUUUUUAACUUCAUCGCUCUAUGCACAAUAGGAGAUCCGUUUCAACCCUUUUUUUGUUAUAGUGUACCAUAUUUAUUGUCAUUCUUUUUUCAGUCUAAUCAAGAAACAGUGGCUCAAAAAUUCAAUAAACAGUCUUUUAUUGGGCAGAUGAAAACACUCUCAUUGCAACAGAAACGGUUACACAUAAUUACACUGCAGCAGUGGGUUACAGGAAAUACAAUUAUCAGCACGUACAAAAAAAGGGGAUCUUUCUUCUGUAAUCUCUGAGGUGUGCCACCAGAGAGGGUAUUACACAUGAAGAGAGUGACGACGGGGCUUUGGCAAUAACCGUGACAGCCUGUCUCCAUCUCUUCUGUCUCGGAAGCAUGGAAAUGGACUGGGAGGGUUGGCUGCUUUACUGGCGGCUGUAUGGCACGAAGGAAACAGUCAAAGCUGGCUUUUGUUCUUUUUUUUUUUUUCUUUUUUUUU